CUGGUCACCGACUAGUAGCUGGCGGCCAAACACUUAAGCCACUUGCUGGGUUCGUUCUCGCUAGGUGUAGCUUCAGGGUGAUAAAUUUGUGCAGUAGUCCUACCCGGUACUCUGUGUGAAGCUCCUUCGAAACCGUGAUUAGAAGUGAGACUGGGUGUGUGGUAAUCCGAGCUCAUAAGUGGCUUCCCACCCCUCACAGCCGACCAUGGAGUACCUUGGACACACGCAGACUGCCACAUACAUGACAGGGCCGCGGAUGAAUGCUAUGCAGACCUUUCACCUGCCAUCUACCGCCACCAUGCACUCCACCUUCAAGUCGUUCGACACUUACCCCGCUCCUUCCCCCAUGCGGCGCUCCCUCACCACCCUGCCGUGGCGGCCCAGCACGUACUACCAAACGGCCAAGGUGAACCCCGCCCAGGCCCUGACGCGCUCCAUGCCAGACCCGCUCUCCGCCAAGACUCAACUCAGCGAGCUGGAUGCCAUCAAAGUGCCGCCGGUCUUUGCUGCCUCUCGCAACGCCCUCUACACCCGCUACACGCCCAACGAUUGGUCAGCAUCCAACCAGGGCAACUACCUCACCUCUGACCGCGUGCGCUCCAACGCCGAGCGCCUCCGUCUGGAAACACUGCGGCUGUGCCGGGAGACGGACGACAAGACGCGGCGCACGCAGACCGACGUGGGCAAGCGGCUGGGGGAGCGACUCGGCGACAUCACUUUCUGGAAGACGGAGCUGCUGCAGGAGACCGAUAACAUGAUCAAUGAGAUCGGUGCUCUUGGGGAGGCCAAGCGGGUUCUGGAGAAGGCGCUGCAGGAGUCGGAAAACCCGCUGCACAUUGCUCAGGAGUGUCUGUAUCACCGCGAGAAGCGCCAGGCCAUCGACUUGGUGCACGACAACCCCGAGAGGCAGCUCAUCACGGAAGUUGACGUCAUCAAAAGAUGUCAGGAACGUAUGCGCAACACCAUCGACAAGGCCAAUGUUCAACUCAGCUUGAACAGGGCGGCCCAGCACGAACUGGAGAGGGACUCUGUCGACAAACAGUUGGCUCAGAACGUCGACGAGGUGUGUCACGGCCUGCGGAACUCCUCCCGAGGCCUCGCCUUCCGCAACGGCGUGGAGCGCAUGGAUCCCACGGUGUCGGUACCCGAGACGUGGGCUCGGUUCAGCAACGACAAUUUGCAGCGGUCGCUGAGUGAGCGGGCAAGCUCCAAGCACAUGCGCGCGGAAAUCGAGAGUGUGUUGAACGCCUGCUCCAACGAGAUUUGGAACCAGUGGAACAAUGUCAAUCUUUCUCUCAAUGAACGCAUCCAAGAGACAACUGAUGCCAGGAACAAGCUGCAGACUCACCUCUCAAAGGUGCUGCAGGAGAUCUUUGACAUGGAAAAGAAUAUCGAGUUCCUGAAGAAAUCCAUCCAGGACAAGCAGGCUCCCAUGCAAGUGGCGCAGACGCGACUGGACAUCCGCUUGCGUCGGCCCAACGUGGAGCUGUGUCGCGACCCCGUGCAGCAUCGACUAGUGGAGGAGGUGAGUGAGAUCACAGACACCGUGGAAGCCCUGCAGGAGAAGCUGCGCUACGCGGAGAACUCCUUGCAGCAUCUGCUGCGCACCAAGGCUGCCCUGGAGAGCGACCUGGCCGUGAAGAACAACUCGCUCUUCAUUGACCGCGAGAAGUGCCUGGCCCAGCGCAAGACGCUGCCCAUGUCGCCGCGCGUCUUCAAUCUGGUUAAUUAUGAUUAAACCACCGAAUCAAGCUGCCAGUUAAACUACCCACGCGAUGGUUUUCAUAUGAAAUAUUAUUUUUCAUUCUGAAGCGAAAAUUAAGGUGUUUUUUUAAACAGAAUUUAAAAAAGUCCACACCCGAGGAUGAAGGUAUAAAGCUUGUUAGCGCUCGUUAAUAUACUAUUCUUUAAUAACCAAAAAAUGAAAACUAUAAGCUUUAACGAAGUACAUUUUGACUGCAGUUAGCGGACUUGUCAACUGCUGAAAUAGUUAUAAUAUCGAACCCAUGUGAAUGGACAGCCUUAUUGUGCAUCAAGAAAAUCAGUAUUAUGGUGUUUUAUAUCGCUGUUGUGACGUCAUAUCUUGCUAUAAUGUGGCGAUUCUUUGGCGUUGGUAGCAGUCGACAGGGUGUUGUGAUGGCGUGGAGGUAUUUAUUCCACAUAUGUAUGCUUUGCUGAUUUUUUUUCUUCGCUCGCUGUCGUCAUUGAUCGAGGAACGUGCACACCGUCCUGGCAGUGCGACACAACUGGUUACAAUUUGCUCACAUGCUGUAAAUACACACAACAUUUAUCUCUUCUUAGAUCACAGAUUUCAGCAGUCAGUAGUCAGUGGAUACUUCAUCUGUGAUAACUAGCUUCCUCUUUUGCUUGAUCUCACAGCUAGUUGCUUCUAGAGGCUUUUUCCUCAAUUGUUUUCCUCUCGUGUUUGAGUGAUGCGUUUUAUUGUAGCGACAUACAAAAGGAAUUUCUUUUAUUGGUCACUUGUCAAAUAUAAUACGUAAAGCUCGAAAUAAAUAUUUCUCUGAGAGUGUGAUUGUUGAUCAUUAGGUGUUCAUGGCUUCAUGAUGAUACAAAAUUAAUAACAUUAUUCCCGAUGAAUAAACUACCUGAGGCUACGUGAUAGGUGGAAUUUGAGAAGAUUCAUAAUUUUUUUAAAUACGUGAUAAGUGGACUAUAUUUAUUGCUUUAAGACUCUUGACUGGUUUUCCCGCAAGGGUUAUGAACAUCAGUAACAUCGUACAAGAGGAUUUUGUCAGCACCAUACCUCCGAUAUAUACGAUCGCUCAAAAAACAGAUCAUCUAAAAUAACUUGUAUCAUUGUUAGCACCAAGUGUGGUACAAAUAAGUGUAACAGGUAUUAAAGAAAAUAGCGUUUAUUUAGUCUGUUUACACCGAAGUUAGUCUUCACUCAUUCCACGUUCACAGGCGUCAAAGUCCUCGCAUGGUCUGCUGCUACUUGUUGCUCUGGUAGCGAGGUCCCAGGGGAUGUGCUUUGCAUCAGUUCCAGAAUUCGGUCAAGCUGUGCUCUGUAUCAAGCCAAGAAAGAUUUCGACUUCAACUUUUUUGUGUGAAAAAUGUGUUCAUCGUGUGCACGCUGUCUGCGCUUUACAUGUCAGUUUUUAACACAAAUGUCUUCGCUAAGAGCAUGGACACCGCAGGUAAAACCCUGCCUACAAUUUACAUUCAGCAAUUACAACAACCCAAACAACUCGUACAGAUGUAAACGACUAGGAAAUUGCUGGGAUGUAGAAAAAAAGUGAAAUGUAAAAUUCGUUGAAAUUUGACUACAUCGUGUUCUUUCAAUAAAAUAUAAGGUGAAAUAGUUGCUGUUACUUGUCUCCAUCAGUAUGCUAUUUUUGCACUGUUACAGUUGCUGUUACUUGAUUCUAUUAGUAUGCUGUUACUUGUCUUCAUUAAAGUAUGAUGUUAUUCCCCUACGUUACAGAAUGUUGUUACUUGUGUCUAUUACAGUAAGCUGUUAAUCACGUUUGAGAGCCGCUGGUCACGAGGCCGUGAAAUGCAAAUAAACGAUAACGACUUGGAGACUGUCA